UAUAUAUAGAGAGAGAGAUAGAGAGUGAGAUAGUGUGUGUGAGAGAGAGAGAGAGUGAAAGACCACUAGCCCGGUGGGCACAAACUUGCAAGAAGCAGAGCAUGCAGAAAAAGCUCUGCACACAACGGUGCAGCUGCUCGGCGGGUUUUGAGGCUACAGAGGCGGUAGAGCUUGUUGGGGAUUACAAUGAUUGCCACAACUCAACAAAACAUGACCACGGAGCUGGACCUGGGGAGUUCAGAUGGUCCUCCGCGGAACUGGAAGGGCAUAGGAAUUGCCAUGGUGGUGAUCCUGGCUGUUAUGUCUCUGGUCAUUCUAUCUGUCAUCCUACUCACGCCUGAUGAAUCUCACUUGUUACUCCAUUCCCAUCUCACUAUGGAGGACCUGGAGAGUAAAGAGUUCAAAGUUCAUGACCCCUCUGUGGCAUGGUUGAAUGAAAAUGAAGUUGCUCUACGCACCAGAGAAGGACAUGUCCUGGCAUUCAGUCUCAACAGCAACCUUACCGCAACUCUACUGGACAACAGCUCCCUGGACCUGACCACUACUAAAUUCCAAGUGUCUGCAGACAAGAGGUUUGUCCUCUUGGCAUAUAACAUUCAACCGGUGUUCUCUCAGUCCUUCACAGCCUCCUAUGCUAUCUACACUGUGGCUAAUGGGGAUCUGCUGGAGCUUAACACUCCAGAGAGGGCGAAGGCAGUGCUACAAUACGCUUCCUGGGGGCCACAGGGAAACCAGCUGGCCUAUGUGUUUGACGGAGAUAUCUACUACAAGCCAAGUGUGACCAGCAAACCCCUGCGUCUCACAACCACAGACCAGGAGCAGAAUGUGGUGAACGGCCUCUCUGAUUGGAUUUACGAAGAGGAAGUCCUCUUGACAUAUGUUGCCCACUGGUGGUCUAUGGAUGGGGCCCGGCUAGCAUACCUCACCAUAAACAACUCUGCCACACCUGUGAUGGAAAUACCUCACUUCUUAGGUGGUCUCUACCCCUCCAAUGUUGUCUUCCCAUACCCAAAGGCUGGCUCAAGUAUCCCAUCAGUCAGUCUGUUUGUGGUGAACCUGUAUGGUCCAGCUCACACUCUCGAGAUGGUGCCUCCUGACUCCCUCAGGGCAAGAGACAGCUACAUCUCUAUGGUGACUUGGAUCAGCAGCACCCGCCUCGCGGUUCGUUGGCUCAAUCGUGCCCAGAACCAAUCAGUGCUCUGCGUGUGCGAGGCCACCACAGGGGCAUGCUCAGAGAAACAUAAAAUGGCCAUGGACAUAAUGAGAAACCAACGACAGGAUGUGCCAUUGUUUUCAGCAGACGGCUCUAUGUUUUAUACAAUCAUGCCAGCAAAACAGGGCGCUCGUGGAGAGUUUCACCACAUCGCCGGUCUUUUAGCCCAGCCUGCCAUCCCCUCCGUUCCUCCUCGCUUCUUGACAUCAGGGAGCUGGGAUGUCACCUUGCUCUGCGCGCUAGACGAGAAGGCUGGGAAAAUCUAUUUCCUGAGCGCAGAGGAAUCCAGACAGACCAGACACCUUUACAGUGUGGACCUGGAUGGAGUGUUUCACCGCCGGUGCAUCUCCUGUGACCUCAUAGAUGGAUGUCGCUUCUUUAAAGCCGAAUUCAGCCCCAAUCAAACCCACUUCACUCUCUACUGCUUAGGCCCUGGAAUCCCUAAAGUGACAGUUCACCGUACAAAGGACCCCUCUAGAUAUGUCCUCUUGGAGGAUAACAGCCCUCUAUCUAAAGCUCUUGAGGACAAGAGGCUCCCUGAGACCCUGUUCAGGACACUCCCAGCAGACAACCAUGAUCUACACCUGAAACUAUCUCUCCCUCAGGGUUACGAGGCCAACCUGCACCCUCUCCUCAUCAUUGUGGAUGGCGUUCCUGGCAGUCAGUCGGUGACAGAGGAAUUUGCCCUCGACUGGCCUCAGGUCCUCUCCGGCACAUACAAUGUGGCCUUGGCCUGGGUGGACGGCAGGAGUGGGGUUGGCCGUGGACAGAAGACCACAGCUGUGGAUCCACGCAAGCUUGGCUCACUUAGAGUCAAAGAUUAUCUUGGAGUUGUAGAGUUGUUGAUGCGACUGCCUUACAUUGAUGAUCGUCGGAUGGUCCUCUAUGGCAAGGCAUUUGGGGGUUAUUUAACACUCAAGAUGUUAGCUGCAACAGAUAAGCUCUUUCAAUGCACGGCUGUUGUGGCGCCGAUAACUGACUUCAGGCUUUAUAGUGCUGCAUUCUCAGAGAGGUAUCUAGGCCUUCCAGCAAAGGAGGAGCAUGUUUACUCGACCGCCUCUUUGCUGGAGGACGUAAACAAGCUGAAAGAUGAGAAUUUCCUUAUUCUACAUGGAACUGCGGAUGCAAGGGUACACUUCCAGCACAGCGCUGAACUCCUGAGUCGACUUGUGAAGGUGGAAGCCAACUACUCACUGCAGCUGUACCCGGACGAGGGCCACAUCCUGAGAGAGCCGCGCAGCAUCCAGCACUUCCAGCGGACAGUGGUGAACUACCUCCAAUCCUGCUUAAAGCACAGCGUCCUUCUAGAUCCCAUAGAGGAUGAAGAUGAAGAAGAUGAAUGAAACCAGAGCCCCUUUCCUUCUUCUGGAAGGACUCUCUUAGGACUGUAUGCCAUCUUAUGCAUUACCUUGGGUCGGAUUACGAGGCACAAGAGCACAGGAGUAGGGACCAAGCACAUCAGAUCACCUCCUACAACUUCUGGAAAAAUUGAUGUAUUUCUGCUGUUAUACUGUAUGUUUGAGGCAUUGUUUGUUUACAAAAUUCACCUGAGAUGAUGUGGACUAGAAUGCUACUGAUUCUGCCAAACGUUUACAAAGAUUAUAAAACAUGCAUGUCGUAAUGGCUGCAUGAUGUGGAUUAGUUUACAUUGCAUUUUCCGUGUUUUGCAAAUCUAAAUCUCACCCAUCAGGGUUAAAAUCUGUGAACAGCUGGAAACGCUCUAAAAGACCUAAAAAUUCCCAAAAGCUUAACACAAUUAAUGACUUAUUAAUGCAGGUAAGACUAAAGGAUCACAUUCAGAUUAAUGCAGAUCCCAGUCAUACAAAAUCACACAAUUGAGACAGGUCUGAGAGAUGAAUACAAGAGAUUUGAAUCCUAAACUCUAAACAUGCAAACUGGCCCUACUGGUCAGUAGCCUUAGCAGACUCUCCACGAUCUUUAAGAUGUUAUUGUAAAAUCUGAGUUAUUUAAGGUCUUAGGUCUUUAGGUGUUCCUGGCUUAAAUGGAUCCUUCUAAAUGUGCCAAACACAUUUUGUGGAUUUUAUCCACUGGUUUUAUUAGCAUUACUUGCAAUUGCACCACAAGCUCUGAUUCAAGAAUGAUUGCAAGAAUGUCUGUCUGUCUAUAUAAGUCUGUCUAUUUACUGUAUUUGGAAGUACAGUAUGUUUCUGUUUUGAUACAUCUUGGCAUUUUAAUCAUUCCUUGUGUAUUGCAGAAUUAAAAUAUUUAUUUGGAAAAACUGCCAUUAUAGGCCACAAAGGUAGUUGACAAUGGGCUUGCCCAUCAAGCUAUCAACCAAACCACACUGGUAAACUGCAUGCAGUUGGUUUGAAAACAAAUGCCCUUGACUCUAGACAACCAGCUACUCCUUUUUCCAGCAAUCCUUGACAAUAAAGUUGGAACCUCUUGUUUUACAGCAAAA